CGCUUCUUCGCCCUUUGCUUCUUUUCUUCGCACUUCACUGUUAGGAUUCUCUUUACAUCUUCUCUGGAGUGUCCAGGUGUGCCCAACCUGUGCUCCGCGGACCGACCGGUGCGCUUUCUGUAGACUGCAGCUAAUUGGCUGUCACACAUUAAGGUGGGAGGGUAAUGGGAAGUCUUAAAAAACUUAAUUAGACAGCGAGUUAGUAAUUUAAUAUACUACAUGGGUACUAAACUACCAGGCAGCUAUUUUUUCUUAUUAAAUUAUUGUUGUAGUCAUUUGCACAAAGCACUUGUUUUCAACUUUCUAAUGUGCAAAUCUGUCAUAUUCCUUUGUUAUACAGAUAGUAACAUGAAUAUUUGGUUUUGGUUUUGGACUGCACCUGUUUGGGGCUGUUUUUUUGUUUUGUUUUUUAUCCCUGUAUAUGAUAUAAAAAAUCAUUAACAGAGAAAAUAAUCAACAGUCCAAUUAAUAAUUACAUGAUUGUUACUUAGACCCUUCAGUGUAGUAAAGGAGUUAUUUAAUUUUCCUUGAAACUUGUCUUAAAGGGUAUAAGAAUGUCAUUUUAAGACUGGAAUGAAACUUGAUGAUGAUAUAAAAAAUACUUUAUUAGAUAGAAGUAAUUUGUAGCUUUUUAACCCUUGAACUUAUUCUUGGCGACAGUAGUAAAGAAACUCCCUUUUAACAGGAAGAAAUUUCCAUCAGAACCAGGCUCAGGGAGGAGUAGCCAACUGCUGUGACUAGCUGUGGCAUGAAUAGAAGGAGAAGAGAGAUGAAACACACUAUGGUAGACAGAAGAUGCAAUUUAAUGACACAGAGCAGUAGUAUAUAAACACCAGGGGAGUGAAAAAAAGUUUGUGGAAAAGAAAUGGAGCUCUAUCAGCAAGCUUGGCCUUUAGAAGGAGAACUAACGAAUGGUUGAGGGUGACCUGAUCCAGUUCUAACUAUAAGCUUUAUCAAAAAAAAAAAAAAAACAAGUUUUAAGACUAAUUUUAAAAGUGGAGAGUGUGUCUGGCUCUUGACCCCAAACUGGGAAACUCCACGUGAGAGUUUCCUUUCAUCAGUUCAAAGAUCUCUUUGAGCGUUGGGAUGGGAAUGUUGUUAAGGUUGACUUCAGUCAGGCUGAAAGGACCACACAAUUUUAGAAGAGGAGAAGACUCUGUUAAUGGGCACUUACAGUACUUGCCAGAUCAAACUGCUGCACACUGAGGAGGAGCACAUUUUAUUCUUCUACAAAAAUAAAACGAUUUACAUGUUAGGUAUUGUGUAGUUUGUUGUACCCUUUGUUUUUUAAUGGGCUCUAAAAUAUAUUUACCUUCAUGAUCAGUAAUGAAAUUAAUCAAAUGCUUUAAAUAAUUUUAAAAAUGAAUGAAAUCUCUAAACUUGAUGUUAAAUACUUAUUUUCUUAAAUCAAAUUUUUGAUUAGGAAAAUUAGUUGAAAAUGAUCAAGUUAACUUUUCGAGAUAUGACUUCAUCACCAUUGCUACGAGUCAAAAUCUUCCUCAUGGUUUUGAAAAUCUAUCGAUUAUUUGCAAAGUUCUGGGAGGGCAGCCUGUUCUGUCUGUUACUCUCAGAAUGCAGGAAAUUGGUUUGGAUGUUCAGGGACCAGCCCGGAAAUACCACGUCUCAUGCCUGGCAUGUACUGGAAACUGCUGGAACACCAGUGUCACUGUCCACAGUGAAGUGGGUUUAAUAGAGGGACAAACAAUUCAAAAGCUUGACAAAACAAAACGCCACCCAUCCAAGCAAUCUGCGACAACCAGACAAUAUCGUGUGCUGUCCAGUUGAUUAGCACAUGAUGGCCAACUCGGUUGCCUAUGAAGCACAGAAUGAACUGAGGACUAGAUUACACCGUGUCACGACGCCUCCAUUUAGAUUUCAUGAUUCAUACCCUUUAACUUUAAUCUCAGGCCACAAGUGAGUGGAUAUAAUGUAGGAUAAUGGAAAAAUAAAUUCCCGAUUUGUUUUCAUCAUCAAAACAUUUCUAUACAUUUCGAUAUAUGUGUAAAAUAUUAUUAACAAGAUAAUAUGUAAUCUAUUUGCAUGGUAAUGGGGAAAUCCUUUUCCAUCAGGAGCUUAAAAAAAGUUUGCAUUGUUAUCGCUGAACAUAAGACUUGGUGCCGAUAAGCACAUUAAAGAAAUCAAUUCACAUUAGGGGAAGCUGGAAGUAGAUUUCUUUUACAGAGUUGGAUGGUGGUUAUUAACAAACAAUACUUACACUGUAAGUGCUGCAUGAGAUGAAUUUAACAGGAAGAUUAGGAAGGAAAUCAUUUUCUCAGGAUUUGAUUAUAUCUCUGUUGGCAGAAUUCAAAAAUAAUAAUGAAUUCAUUUUACAUUACUGUUACAUUUCAACAAAAUAAUCGAAUAUAUAAGAUAAUGAAAUAUCAUCCAUCCAUCCAUUUGCUUCUGCUUAUCCUUUCCCGGGUCACGGGGCAAUAAGAUAAUAAAAAUAACACAUAAAGAGGGCUCAUUGUAUUUUCUGUUGACUUCCAAAAGAGUAGCCGUCUACUUGAGCCUUCAUGCAUACUUUUGAUCCUGUGUAGAUUACAGAAGCUCCAAAAUAAAUGUAAAUUUGUGCACCUAAUUUUGUUUAAAGUAAUUAAAGAUGAAUGCUGCAUUAUCAUUCCAUUACGCAAAAAGGACAUUUCAAAGAAAUCAUCAAAAGCCACGAAUUACAUGACUUUCAUGCCUAUUAUGAGCACAUGAAAUCUUCUGGUCACACCUUUACUUUUUCCUGUGAAAAUCUAUAAAGAAGGUGCAGAGUACAUAGUUAGCAAAGUGUCCCCUAGAGACAAAAUAACCACAUCCAUGGGAAACACUAGGUUGAAGUGAAUAGGAAUUAUGGGUUGAUCCAUUAAUUUUUCUACUGCUUAUCCAGGUCAGGUCACGUUGAUUAGAAGUACUGAAAAAUGUGAUGUCAUAAUAAAUAAAUCUAGGCUUUAUCACUCCAAACAGAUUUCCUUUAUAAUCUCAUCUUUUGGAUAGCAUCAAAGGUGUUAAAUUUAUCUCUGUGUUACCUACAAAAGGUCAGAAAAAGUCUGUUUCUGCUCCUGCUUUCUGUUAGGUGCUAAUCUGUGCGGUAAUAAUUAGAGGCUCCCAGACAGCAGUCAGUGCCUUUGUCUGUCAGUUAUUAUGCAGUCAGUACUGCCUGUUCAGACAGUAACCAACAGAAGCAGGCAGACCAGUCGGACUGCUCGGUGAUCUUCAGGCUGAACACACCUUCAGCCAUUGCUGUAGUUUAGAGCAGGGCUGUAACUUCUGCUGAGGACGUUCGUGUGUUGUGAUCACACACAGGAGGUUCUGGUUUCAGUUUAGAUUUCUGUGAGGGUAGUGCUUCACAUCAUGGGCUGAGCUUUGGCAUUAUUGCAGUCUUUGCAGCUGGGGGGCUAGUCAUGUUCAGGUAGACACUCGACUCUGUGGUGCCCACCAUGUUGAAGCGUUUGGACAGGAUCCGGUUCAGGGGACGGCGGGAUGAGUUCCUGGAUCUGGCUGAGUCGCCCAACACAUCCGACACAGAAUGCAGCGAGGAGAUUGUGAUUAAACCUCGCGCCUCUGUCAGAGAGACAGAGGAGGUGAGGGAGGCAGAGGUGGAGCCGCAGGGUGAUGCUCAGGCUGGUCCAGGAUCUUUUUCUGCAGCUCUGGAUGACAGGACAGAUUUAAAUGAGGUUAAAGGUCACUUAGAAAUUGCCUUGUUGGAGAAGCACUAUUUGCAGGAGGAGCUGAGAAAACUUAAAGAGGAGUCCAAUGUGGAUUCGCUGAAACAGGAGUUAGAAAAGGAGCGCUGCAGACGCAUCGAGCUGGAACAGAAAAUCAACGAUGCCCUGAGAUCCAGACUUGAAGACUCACCAUCUCAGACACCUAAAGCUCCGUCUGCUCCUUCAGCUGCUGGCAGUGACAAACAGAAGGAGACUCUGGUUGACACCUUAUUGAAAUGGCUUUAUGAUCGAUUUGGUGUUUAUAUCGAAGACUUCCGCUUCCAACCAGAGGAGACGACAGUGGAGACGGAGGAACCACUGAGUGCCAAAAGGUUGACUGAAAACAUGAGACGGCUCAAACGAGGAUUUAGACCCGUUACCAAUUUCAUGAGGAACCUUUCUGCCUUAUCCAGCUGGUACUCCAUCUACACAUCAGCCAUUGCCUUCAUUGUCUACAUGUAUGUGGCGUGGAAUGGAUGGGUCAUCCCCAUGAUCCUGUUCCUCGCCAUUCUCCGCCUGUCCUUGAAUUACCUCAUUGCCAAAGGCUGGAGGAUCCAGUGGAGCAUUGUACCUGAAGUUUCAGAGCCAGUGGAGCCUCCUAAGGAAGACCUGACUGUGUCUGAGAAGUUCCAGCUGGUCCUGGAUGUCGCUCAGAAAGCUCAGAAUCUGUUUGGAAGGAUGGCCAACAUCCUGGAGAAAAUAAAGAAUCUGUUCAUGUGGGUUCAGCCGGAGCUGACUCAGAAGCUGUACGUUGGUCUGUGGUUGGCCUUCAUCUCUUCAUGCCUGCUCCCGUACAAACUGCUGGGAUUCAUCAUAGGUGUAUACGCAGGUAUCAAGUUCUUCAUCAUUGACUUCAUCUUUAAGAGUUGUCCCAAGCUGAGGCAGCGCUAUGACACCCCCUACAUCAUCUGGACAAAUUUACCCACCGACCUGCAGCUGAAAGAGCGCAGCAACACUAUGCUGGGCCGACGAGUGAUAGCUGCUGGGGGCCGAGGCAGCCUCACCGCAGCAGCUCCUGUGGGUGUCAGUCGGGAUGAGGAUGGAGGGCGAUACUACAGCACCAAGAGAGGAGCUUUUCAUGAGGUGUUUAACCUGCCAGAGAGUGAGCGCCCUCUGACAGUGUGUGAGACUGGCUGGCGCUGCUGCCUCAUCAACAGAGACAGGAAGACACCGACAGACUACAUCCGCAACGGAGUGCUUUAUGUCACCGAGAAUUACCUGUGUUUCGAGAGCUCCAGCUCCAGGUCCGGGUCCUCAAAGAGGAACAAAGUCAUCAAACUGCUCGACAUUACUGACAUCCAGAAGUACAAAGUUUUGUCAGUGCUGCCUGGGUCUGGGAUGGGGAUCUCCAUUGCGACACCAUCCACCCAAAAACCUAUGGUCUUCGGCGCAAUGAUGCACAGAGACGAGGCAUUUGAAGCCAUCUACACUCAGUACACGAAGAUCAUUACUAAGGCUACAGCUAUCAACCCUGAGACAUAGUAAGACCUUUGCGAUGGCUGCCUUAAACACAAGCACCUGAAGGUUCUUAGAUGGCUGCUGACUUCAGUUUGAGCUGCUGGUCUUCCCCCAUCAGUCACCCAUGAAAGUAAUUCAGUGAUAGUAUUUUAGUGAUUGAUAUUAAAUCAGCUGAUUCCAACUAAUCACUGUUUUUUUUUUUUUUU